AUGUCAGAUUUAUAUCGCUCUGCCAUGCAGGCCAGGAUCUCAAAGUUACCACAACUACCUCCUAAUGAGGAUGAUGAGGAUGAGGAAGCAGGAGACUCCAUCGCAGCGCUUCCGAGUUCUAUGGGACCACCACGGACUAGGACUCGUAAACAGCCUAAUCCCGCGUACACGCCGAUAUCAGCCUCGUCAUAUUUCUCCGAGGCGCUGCAAGUCGCCGUGCCACCUUCUGCACUGGACAUGCGUGUUUACUAUACCCCACCGCGCGUCCCGCAGGGGGAUGGAACUGGCACUGUUAUGGUGUGUCACCACGGUGCAGGGUUCUCUGGGCUCUCCUUCGCGUGCUUUGCCAAGGAAGUCGCUGAGAUGACCCAGGGUGAGUGUGGGAUAAUGUCCAUUGACGCCAGAAGACAUGGAAAAACGAUGCCUUCCGAUGGCAGCUCGGAUGAAGACCUUUCAAUCGAUAUCCUCGUAACCGACCUAGUCAAUCUCCUACAAAUCGUCUUUCCGGACCCUAGCAAAGCGCCUUCAUUCUUCCUUGUGGGACAUAGUAUGGGUGGUGCUGUCAUCGUGCGUGCGUGCCCACGCCUCCUUGCAGGAAACUACAAGGUAGGUGGAGUAGCGGUACUCGACGUUGUUGAAGGGUCCGCUAUUGAGGCCCUUCCGCACAUGCCCAUCAUCCUGAACUCCCGCCCCGAAGGGUUUGAUAGUAUCGAAGAAGCCAUUCAGUGGCACGUGUCAGCCAAUCAAAUACGCAAUCCUACUUCAGCCCGCGUAUCUGUCCCUUCUCUGAUAAUUGAGGCCCCCUCCGACCCUCGUACACUCCGUUCGUAUCCAUUGAUAUGGCGAACUCCGCUCCGGUCUACUGGACCUUACUGGGAAAGUUGGUUCACUGGUCUCUCUGCCUCUUUCCUGAACGCGCGCACCGCCCGCCUGCUGGUCCUCGCGGGAACCGAUCGACUAGACAAAGAGCUUAUGAUUGGCCAGAUGCAGGGCAAAUUCCAGAUGGUGGUUGUUCCUGGUACAGGGCACAUGUUGCAUGAGGACGAUCCCGUUAAACUAGCAGAGACCCUCGUCGAAUUCUGGAGACGCAACGAGCGUGUAGUGGUGGGAGUGAAGAAAGUGGGCGAUCUGUGA